AUGGGUUCACCAGAAUUAGAGACACCAGUGCAUCUUCUAGCCUCCUUUGCCAUUUUUACUGUGCUUUUAGCCAUCAUUCCACAAGGUGCAAUUCCUGCUUUUGCCUCCACACUAGAAGCACAAGCCCUUCUCAAAUGGAAAUCCACCCUUCAAAACCAAAACCAAUCCACCUCCUCUCUAUCAACAUGGACUCUCCCUCCUCAAAAUGCUACCGGCUCCAACGCAACGGCGGCGAGCCCAUGUGGUUGGUGUGGCAUCUCAUGUAACCUAGCCAGAAGCAUGAUGGGAAUCAAUCUCACCGGUUCGAACAUCAGAGGUACGCUUGACGAGUUCCCGUUCUCGUCUUUGCCGUAUCUUACCUAUAUAGACAUGUACAUAAAUGAACUCUUUGGCGGUAUUCCGCCUCAAGACGGUCUUUUGACCAAUCUCACCUACCUUGACCUCUCCUUUAAUCAAUUAUCCGGGAAUAUACCACGGGAGAUUGGCUAUCUCACGAAGCUUGAGGUGCUACACCUGAUCUCUAACGAGUUGAAUGGCUCUAUCCCUGAUGAAAUAGGAAUGCAACGGUAA